UGUGAUUAGCUGUGAUUGGCCACAGCUAAUCACAUGGUACAGAUGGGCUGUGAUUGGCCCUCUCUGUACUAUGUGAUCACUGUGACCAAUCACAGCUAGCCACACAAUUGUACACAAUGAAUGGCAUGAAAGGAGGCCAUUCAUUAUUUACAAUAGUUAUGUGAUCUGCUGUGACUGGUCACAGUGAUCGCAUGGUACUGGCAGCGGGCCGGUACAGUGGUCUGUCAUUGGCUGUGUCUGGUGGACACAACAGAUCACUCCCACAGCAUACUGUGCGUGCUCCCUGGGAGCGCGCGGCACCGCAAUUCGGUGCCUGCUGUGUUCAGAGAACACAGCAGAACACUGAUCGCUGUAUGGGACCUCUGUCUGAAAAUUGGCCUGGACAGGAAGGGGGU